AUGAAGGUCAAGAUCAAGAAGUGGAAUGCCGUUGCGACAUGGCGGUGGGAUCUCCCAGAAGACGAUGUUUGUGGUAUCUGCCAGGUCCACUUUGACGGUACCUGCCCGACGUGCAAAUACCCCGGGGAUGACUGUAGUCUAUUAUCCGGAAAAUGUGGUCAUAACUUUCACAUGCACUGCAUCAUGGAAUGGAUCAAGCAAGAUUCUUCCAAGGGCCAAUGCCCCAUGUGUCGACAGAAAUUUGAGUGGGGAGAGGGUGGUUUACAACAGCAGGAAGAAGAGCAGCGGGUUGUUGAGGAGUAA